AUGAAGGAGGGUUUGAAGAGAAUGAACAGGUGGGAGGAGACUCCUACCCCAAAACGACAGAGAUCAAGGUGGGACGAGACGCCCGUAGGAGGACUCGAACUCGCGACCCCGGCUCCCGGAGCUAUGAUUAACUUGCAGAGUCCUGAACAGAGUAACUUGUUUGGGUGGGAGAGAGAGAUUCAAGACAGGAAUCGCCUGUUGAGUGAUGAAGAACUUGACUCAAUGUUGCCGAAGAAAGGAUACAGGGUGUUAGAUGUUCCGGGUUGUUAUGUGCCUAUCAGGACGCCUGUAAGUAAACUACUUGCUACUCCAACUCCGAUGGGAAAUCCGUUCUAUGCAAUCCCGGAAGAGAAUAGGGGCCAGCAGUUUGAUGUUCCGAAAGAAUUGCCGGGUGGUUUGCCAUGCAUGAAGCCUGAGGAUUACCAGUACUUUGGGGCUUUGAUGAAUGAGGAAGAACGAGAAGAUGAGUUGUCUUGUGACGAGAAGAAAGAGCGGAAGAUUAUGAAAUUGUUGCUUAAGGUGAAGAAUGGAACACCGGCUCAGCGUAAAUCGGGUUUGAGGCAGCUUACUGAUGGGGCUCGGGAGUUUGGUGCGGGUCAAUUUUUUAGUCAGAUACUCCCGCUUCUGAUGCAGGCUACGUUGGAAGAUCAGGAGAGGCAUCUGUUGGUGAAGGUGAUUGACAGAGUGUUGUAUAAGUUGGAUGAUUUGGUACGGCCUUAUGUGCACCAAAUUCUUGUGGUGAUUGAGCCUUUGUUAAUUGAUGAAGACUAUUAUGCACGUGUUGAGGGGAGAGAAAUCAUAUCUAAUCUCAGCAAAGCAGCUGGCCUGGCCACAAUGAUAGCUGCAAUGCGCCCUGAUCUUGAUAACGUCGAUGAGUAUGUGAGGAACACGACGGCAAGAGCUUUCAGUGUUGUUGCUUCUGCACUAGGGAUACCUGCAAUUUUGCCAUUCUUGAAAGCUGUGUGUCAGAGUAAGAAGUCAUGGCAAGCUCGUCACACGGGUAUUAAGAUUGUUCAGCAGAUUGCUAUACUGAUAGGCUGUGCUGUUCUGUCUCACCUGAGGUCUCUCGUAGAAAUUAUCCAACAUGGUCUGGAUGAUGAGGAUCGGAAGGUCAGGACUAUCACGGCUCUGGCAUUAGCAGCUCUCGCGGAGGCUUCUGCUCCGUAUGGUAUUGAGAGCUUUGACUGUGUUGUGAAGCCGUUAUGGAAGGGUAUUAGGUCACACCGGGGGAAGGUCUUGACUGCUUUCUUCAAGGCAAUUGGUUUCAUUAUACCACUAAUGGAUGCGGUGUAUGCAAGUUACUAUACAAAAGAAGUCAUGAUUAUCUUGAUACGUGAGUUUCAGUCACCCGAUGAAGAGAUGAAGAAGAUUGUGUUGAAAGUGGUCAAGCAGUGUGUGAGCACUCAAGGUGUGGAGGCUGAUUAUAUUCGAAGUGAACUAUUGCCUGGAUUUUUCCACAAUUUCUGGGUUCGAAGGAUGGCUUUGGAACGUAGAAACUAUAAACAGCUCGUGGAGACUACUGUUGAACUAGGAAACAAAGUUGGAGUUGCUGACAUUGUUGGAAGAAUAAUGGAAGGCCUUAAGGAUGAGAGUGAACCGUAUAGGAGAAUGGUUAUGGAGACGAUCGAGAAGCUCGUAGCUGAUUUGGGUGCUUCUGAUAUUGAUGCUCGCUUGGAAGAGCUUCUGAUUGAUGCUAUACUUUAUGCAUUCCAAAAGCAGACCAGCGAUGAUGCUAAUGUGAUGCUUAAUGGGUUCGGUGCAGUUGUAAAUUCUUUAGGGAAGAGGGUGAAGCCUUACCUUCCCAAGAUAUGUGGUACAAUUAAGUGGUGUCUGAACAACGAGAGUGCACAGGUUAGACAGCAGGCAGCAGAUCUCAUUACCCGAGUUGCGGUGGUCAUGAAACAAUGCCAGGCAGAGCAACUGAUGGGACAUCUUGGGGUUGUUCUGUAUGAAAAUUUGGGAGAAGAAUAUCCUCAAGUCUUGGGAUCAAUAGUAGGAGCACUAAAAGCAGUUGUGAAUGCUAUUGGUAUGUCUAAAAUGACUCCUCCAAUCAAAGAUUUGCUUUCGCGGUUGACCCCAAUUCUGAAGAAUCGGCAUGAGAAGGUUCAGGAGAACUGUAUUGAUCUUGUUGGUCGAAUUGCUGAUCGUGGAGCUGAGUUUAUUCCUGCAAGGGAGUGGAUGAGGAUAUGCUUUGAGCUGCUUGAGCUGCUUAAAGCCCACAAAAAGGGAAUUCGCCGCGCUACAGUCAACACCUUUGGGUACAUCGCAAAAGCUAUCGGACCACAAGACGUUCUGGCAACCUUGUUGAACAAUCUCAAGGUUCAGGAGCGCCAGAAUCGCGUGUGCACAACUGUGGCAAUUGCUAUAGUUGCAGAAACUUGUUCUCCUUUUACGGUUUUACCUGCCUUGAUGAAUGAGUAUCGUGUUCCUGAGCAAAACGUGCAGAAUGGUGUUCUGAAAUCCCUUUCCUUUCUUUUUGAGUAUAUCGGUGAAAUGGGUAAAGAUUACAUAUAUGCUGUCACUCCAUUACUCGUAGAUGCUCUGAUAGACAGAGAUCUGGUCCACAGGCAGACCGCGGCAUCAGCCAUCAAGCACAUAGCUUUAGGCGUGGCUGGUCUGGGAUGUGAGGAUGCUUUGAUUCACUUGAUGAACUAUGUCUGGCCCAACAUAUUUGAGACUUCACCACACGUCGUAAAUGCUGUGAUGGAAGCCAUUCAAGGCCUGACGGUUGCAUUAGGUGCACAUAUUGUACUUAACUACUAUCUUCAGGGGUUGUUUCAUCCGUCAAGAAAGGUUAGACAAGUAUACUGGAAGCUCUACAACUCACUCUACAUUGGCGCUCAAGAUGCAAUUGUGGCUGCUUAUCCUCCUCUUGAUGAUGAACCGAGGAACAUUUACAGCCGCCCGGAAUUGACAAUGUUUGUGUAAUGCCAGAUAUGACUGUGAUUCUAGUUGUUUUUGUCUUUGGAAACUUCUUUUUCUUGUUGCCAAGGAAUUUUUUCACGUCAUUGAACUUAUGUACUAAUUGAUGGAUGGUUUUACUUAAUGAUUUUAAAGGAAAAUUAU